GCAGUACAUUUUUGUGGUCUCAUUUUCCCUUUUAUUCACGAACGUCUUAUUUUUUCUAGUCACGAUGGUGAACCGACAAAUAAAGAACUGAACAGCGAGGUCAUCUGUUGUCCACGGUGUCCUAGCGUCAUUUUUCGAGAAAAGACUGCCUUCGCAACCCAUCACGAGUUCCUCCUUCCCAUCAUCGCGAAGAAGUCCGAGCUCCAGCAACACGGCGACGAGUUCCCCCGUGAGCCAGUGUCCACCUUCUGGACGGUCGAACGAAUGCACGACUUUGAGAACGUGGGUUUCUGCAACACCGUGGAGGGCGGUAUCAAGUACCUCAUCUGUGCGGACUGCGAAAUCGGUCCGAUCGGCUACCACGACACCAAGUCGGUGACUGCCGGCAAGCCCGAGUUCCACAUUGCUGCCUGUCGCGUUAAGACGCCCUCCUCGCGGGAUAGAAAGGACACCACGCUAAGGUCACCCGCCUCUGUCACGAUUGAGGAGUCGCGAGACGCCGGUGAUCGCGGUACUCUGCGGGAUCAGACAGCAGCCUAA